CAGGUUAUUUUUUUCUGGAUGAGUCAGUGUGACAACUUCCGGUAUAUGUCAGUGCGGGAAGUUUGCGGCUGACUGUAGCGCUAUUUUAGACCUGACCACAAGGGACUACCCGCUCUGACGCACACAUAGGCAUCGUACAACCUUAGCACAUCUUAAAUCAUCUGUGAACUCGCUGGAAACUCAGAAAUAUGGACGAUUCGUGCGACGCCCCAGCUGAAGAUCUCCCCAGCCCCCGUCUGGACUCCCGGGAUGAACACGACGCAGCGCCGGCCCGAGGCAGGGCGGCCGCGGCAAGCGCUGACACCACAGACGCGCAGAAGGGCGCAUCGGCUGGGGUCAUGAAAUUCCUGGGCAGCAUCAAGGGGAGAAGCCCACGGGAAUCCCCCAUGGACACCGGCUCGGGAGAUGAGGACUUCAGUUUUGUGUACAACAUGAACCACCCUCGCAGGGGGCAGGCCAUCAUCAUCAACAACAAGGACUUCGAAAAACACACAGGCAUGAACACCAGAAGAGGAACGGAUCUGGACGCCAACAACCUCUACAGGAUCUUCUCCAAGCUGGGCUUCGAGACAAAAGUGUUUGACAACCUGCCCUGCAGGAAGAUUCUUUCAGUGCUGCAGCUGGCUGCUAGAGAGGACCACGCCGAUGUGGACUGUUUCGCCUGUGCAAUCCUGAGCCACGGGGAGGAGGGGGUCAUAUACGGGACGGACGGACACAUGGAGGUCACAGAAAUCACCAAGCCUUUCCGGGGGGACCGCUGCCCGGGCCUGGUGGGGAAACCCAAACUCUUCUUUCUACAGGCAUGUCGAGGGAAUGAGUUUGACCAUGGAGUGGACAUGCCUGACGCGCUGCCAGAGGUGCAAGACGAGCUGGACGCAGGAAACAAGGCCACACUUCCGGCUGAAGCUGACUUCCUACUGGCCUACAGCACAGUGCCAGGUUACUACUCGUGGCGUAACCCGGGUCGUGGGUCGUGGUACAUCCAGGCGCUGUGUGCGGUGCUGGAGCGGGAGGGGACGGAGCUGGAGAUCAUGCAGCUGCUGACCCGGGUUAACAAGCUGGUGGCGUACGACUUCCACUCCAACUCCGACAACCCCUACAUGAACCGCAAGAAGCAGAUACCCUGCAUCAUGUCCAUGUUAACGAAAGACCUGUUCCUCUCUCCGAAAUCACAGUAAA